AUGGCAAAAUUAAAUUUUGAUCGAGUAAAAGAAAGUCCAAGAUUAUGUAUCAAGAGCAAUAUGGAUGAUGAUUACGGUGCAAUAUGUUCUAAUGAUGAAUAUUUUAUUAUUUAUUGUCAAAGUUCUGGUUUUACUCUAAUUGAUAAAGAAGGGCACGAACAAAAAUUAAAUACUAAACAUGAUUUUCCUGUGAUUGGUAUUCGUUGGUCAUCAUAUCUACAAAAAUUUCUUGUUUUAUCGGGUGAUAAUGAUCAUAAACUUUAUUUAUUAGAUCCAAUAAAACAAAAAUUAAAAAUGAUUAAAAAUUUUGGUGAAAAUCGACCCACGGAUGUCUGGACUUGCUAUGAAAAGACAUUACUUAUAGUCACUCAAAGAAGUUAUCGACUUAUUGAAAUGUAUCGUCUGCCGUCACUAUCAACUACCGAUGACGAUGAAUUGAUCAUAAAAUCAUUAGAACAACCAAUUGAAAUAUUGACACCAUCAAUAGUGUGGGGAAAAAUAGACCAAAUUAGAGAAUUGUGUUUCAGUCAUGAUGGAAAAUAUUUGGCUCUUGUGUCAUAUUACCUGGACGACAGUGCUGGACGUCCUGAGGAAGAAGAUUGGCUUCAAUUAUUUGCCUUUCAACAUGAUGGUGAGGGCAAUAAGAUACUGAAACGUCACACGUAUCCUACUCUUACAGCAGGAUCCUGCGUACUUGCAUUACCAGAAGAAAAAUAUCUUACGAAUAACGCGUAUAGUCGUAAACAUCUGCUAAUUUUAGUGGAUUAUUCAGAAACAGCAGAACCUAAUAAUAUCGACGAAAGUGAUCCUAGUGAUCGUCAAAAGUGGUUCGUGAAAGAAACAGAUUAUGAUACACAAAAUACUGUAUCAGAAAUUUCAAUUUGUGGUAACUGUUUGGCUAUAAAAACAUCCGACAAAGAAAUUUGUUUUUAUGAUUUAUAA